ACUUGAGCUCUAACUCACGCGAAACUGUCUGCAAAACUGAUCUUUUACUUAUUCACCGCUCUAUAUUUUUUACAGGUCCCGCUUUUCGUGCAUAAUUGCCAUCAAAUGAAGGCUUUAUUAAAUAUUAAAAGCAUCAGAAGAUAGAACAUAACAAUCAAAUAUAUACUUAUGCUACAGUUUUGCACCUUCGACACCACUUAGACAUUGAACUAUGCAAAGCUGACUACUUUAAAGAACAUAGUUUGACAAUCCAUUCGUCAAAGAAUCAACACCUCCUGAGAGAAGGAGAUCGAAUUUCAUGCCCAUUUCAAAAAUAGCACCAUUUCGCCAAUGCAGCAAAAUUUGUCUGCACUUUCUCAACGCUAUUCAGAGGGAGAUCCCUUUAGAUCUAGCUUUCAAAUGAAUUUGAGACCUCUGCCUUUAUUUAAUCCUGAGAGACUGGAAAACACACGUCAAAAUACGAUUGAACAAGAGGCGUUGGAGCUUUUUGGUUUACAGCCACCAGAACCAGCAGUAACAACAACAGCACCUUCUUCGCCCGAUCGCUUGCAAUUAUAUGGCGAUUAUGAUUUUGAUAACGACCUUUGUCCUAUUUGUGGUAUCACCGAUCUGGAGAAACCCUCAGAAGAUAAAUGUGUCAAUCAAGACGUAUCUCCCAAUGUUUACUUCUGUUUGUCAGUUAUACUAGGUAACAGUGUCUUGAAAGAUACUUUGUUACCCGACGCAUUGAGCAAUGAUAAUAACAGCUACAGCAAGGAUGAUAAGGAAAUGAUUCAACGACUUGUAGGAUAUGCAGCCCAAUUAGCUGAACAACGAAGUGUAGCUGAGGAAAUACUUGAUACUUUACAUAGUCUGUUAGCUAAGUAUACUUUAGAGGGCAUGAAGGAAGUAGUAACAAUAUCCAAUCAGAGGGAACAGCAACAGUUGCAGCAAACACAAGGAAGCAGCAAUGAUGGCAAUUUGGCUUUACAUUUACCCAGAGAGCUUAAGUUUAUUUCAGCUUGCUUAAAUGACGUAUCUAAACAGACGUUUGACAUGAUUUCGAGUCAAGUGAAUCAAGAAAAACCUAUUGAUCUACAAAAGAUUGUAUUCACGGAUGUCCGAUAUGCCAGAUUACUACCCUUACUGUGCAUUAUAUACGAGUCACAUAUACCCUCCCUUUCACAGUCGCGACAGCCAACAGCGGAUGAUUUGCUGUCCACUUUGGAGGGGGAUCGAACAACAAAUAAUCUAUUUACCUCAGUAAACGCCACUGCUAAUAAUGAGAUUGUUAUAUUAUCCUCCUCGGAUGCGGAUAAUCGACCUAUGAGCAACGGUAGCUUUGAUCCACAUAUUUUGAGUUUAGGGUUGCACUCUGCAUAUUCACCACUCCGGUCGUCACAACUACAGCAGCGUUCGUUCUUUUCAUCUCAAUUUGAGCAUUCACGUUCACAAACCAAUCUACCAUCGUCAACAUCGCUCUUUUCUCAAAAAGAUUUAGCUUCAUCACAAAUAGAGGUAGAGGAAACGGAAGCAAGCAUUGACGAGGAAGUGGUUAUUGAACAAAAAGUAAUGACAGAAGAAGAAGGAGCCAUUUCGACUAUAGAAUUGCCUGAUUACGAUAUUUUAUCGACACCAGAAUUGAAAGCCAAAUUGAAGAGCUAUGGCUUCAAAACGAGCAAUAAUCGAACAAAAAUGAUUGAAGAAUUGAAGAAGAUAUUUAAAACGCUACACCAAAUGAAGCAAAUGAACAAAAUAAGCAAGAAAAACAAAAACAAUGAGGGCACAAGUAAUAAUACCGGCGGUAGUAGUCAUAGUAUUACGGAUGAUAAUCGUUAUAAAAAAACUCAACAAAGCUCUGAACAACAGCAAGUUCAAGUCGAAGAGUCUGAGGAGGAAGAGGAAGUCAUUGAUUUGAUCAACAUCGGCGGAUCAAUCACCAGCGACAAUAAUGUUAGGAACAACAAUAAUACGAAAGUGGAUCCUGAUGUCAGAGAAGAGAUUAUACAACAUUUGAAAUCAAACAAAGAUAUAUGGACAAGAAUUCUCAUGUAUCAACCUGUCUCAGUUGAAGAAUGUCAAGUUGGGUUAAAACGUAAAAAGAAUGAAAUCAAAUCCGUAUUGGAUGAAGUUGCAGCAGCCAAAGGCUCAAAUACUUUCCAUGUGAAAAAGAAGCCAAAAACAACUGCACCUUCAGCCUCUUCUGUCAUUAUAGACUGAAAUGCAACAGCAAUGAAGAACUUAAUACCAAACAAGCAUGGUUGUAGCUGUAUUUUAUACGGCCUUACUUCUUAUUUAUUUUCUACCUUCAUUAACAUUAUUAUGCUGCUGAUUGAUUAAGCAUUUUCCUUUUAUCGUUUUUAAAUACCCUCAUUACCGAAGCUUGCUAUUUAUAAAUUAUACCUGUGAUUGAAAGCCAUCGGCUUUCGGUAUGCUUUGCAUCGACAUAUUAUUACGGGUGCGGACCGAGCUACUACACAUAUAAGCGCUCUCCUGAUUCCCCU